CCCGAAAGAAGACGGCCCUCUCCUGGAGAGGGAGAGGCUGCGAGGGUGAUCCACGGGAUAGAUCGGUCGAGCGCAUCCAAGGCAAAGGCGCUUCUGCUUCCAAAUGCCCCCUCAGACGCCUCGAUCUCUCUGAUUUUAUUCUUGCCUUUCUCGUUUUAAUAACGCAAGGUGGCUUGGGGGCAUGCGGAAAGGUGACUGCCAAGGAAAAACUCCCAUUGUCAUGGCCGAAGGAGAGAACGAAGUGAGGUGGGAUGGACUGUGCAGUAGAGAUUCAGCCACGAGAGAGACGGCGCUGGAGAACAUCAGGCAGGUCGUUUUGAGGAAAGCCGAGGGUCUUCGUUCGGUGAAAGAGACACCCAGUUGUCCAUCCGACGGGCUUUCGAACACUGCUUCUUUGGAUGAGUUGAAUAAGCUGCUCGUUCAUCUGCUUAUGCUUUCUAAGAGGUGUCCCUUUAAAGAUGUAAGAGAGAAAAGUGAGUUUAUUCUGAAGAGCAUACAGGAACUUGGAAUUAGAAUUCCUCGACCACUAGGACACGGACCAAGCAGAUUCAUCCCAGAAAAAGAGAUUCUUCAGGUGGGGAGUGAAGAUGCCCGAAUGCACACUUUAUUUGAAGAGUCUUUUGCUGCUUUGGGUCGUUUGGAUAACAUUACGUUAGUGAUGGUUUUCCACCCUCAGUACUUGGAAAGUUUCUUAAAAACUCAACACUAUUUGCUGCAAAUGGAUGGGCCAUUACCCCUGCAUUAUCGGCACUACAUUGGAAUAAUGGCUGCAGCAAGACAUCAGUGUUCCUACUUAGUGAACCUACAUGUCAAUGAUUUCCUUCAUGUUGGUGGAGAUCCCAAGUGGCUCAACGGUUUAGAGAAUGCACCUCAAAAACUACAGAAUUUAGGAGAACUCAACAAAGUGUUAGCCCACAGACCUUGGCUUAUUACCAAAGAACACAUUGAGGGACUUUUAAAAGCUGAAGAGCACAGCUGGUCCCUUGCAGAGCUAGUACAUGCAGUAGUUUUACUCACACACUAUCAUUCUCUUGCCUCGUUCGCAUUUGGCUGUGGAAUCAGUCCAGAAAUUCAUUGUGAUGGUGGCCACACGUUCAGACCUCCUUCUGUCAGUAACUGCUGCAUCUGUGACAUUACAAAUGGCAAUCACAGCGUGGAGGAAACUCAGGUCAACUCAGCAGGAAAUGUUUCUGUGAGUGAUUCCUUCUUUGAGGUCGAAGCCCUCAUGGAAAAGAUGAGGCAGUUACAGGAAUGUCGCGAUGAAGAGGAGGCGAGUCAGGAAGAGAUGACUUCCCGUUUCGAAAUGGAAAAGAGGGAAAGCAUGUUCGUCUUCUCUUCAGAUGAUGAAGAAGUUACACCAGCAAGAGAUGUGUCUCGUCACUUUGAAGAUACUAGUUAUGGCUAUAAAGAUUUCUCUAGACAUGGGAUGCAUGUUCCCACAUUCCGUGUCCAGGACUACUGCUGGGAAGACCACGGUUACUCCUUGGUAAAUCGCCUGUAUCCAGAUGUGGGACAGCUGAUUGAUGAAAAGUUUCACAUCGCUUACAAUCUUACUUACAAUACAAUGGCAAUGCACAAAGAUGUUGAUACCUCAAUGCUUAGACGGGCUAUCUGGAACUAUAUUCACUGCAUGUUUGGAAUAAGAUAUGAUGACUAUGACUAUGGUGAAAUUAACCAGCUGCUGGAUCGUAGCUUUAAAGUUUAUAUCAAAACUGUUGUUUGCACUCCCGAAAAGGUUACCAAAAGAAUGUAUGACAGCUUCUGGAGGCAGUUCAAGCACUCUGAGAAGGUUCAUGUUAAUCUGCUUCUUGUAGAAGCGAGGGUGCAGGCAGAACUGCUGUACGCUCUGAGAGCCAUUACCCGCUACAUGACCUGAUGCGUUGCCUCCCUUAAAGAUGAUUCUGGAAUGUUCCGAAGACACAGUCUACAAGGGGAAGUUACUAAGCCCCAGGACCAAUGGUAGACAAAGAAUUCGGAAACCCACUGUGCCAUGAUUCCUUUAGUUUCUGCUGUCGUACUGUGGAACUGGCCACUGCUGGCACCAGCGGUGAGUGCAUGGCAGCUUGCGGUCCGGAGCUGUGAGGAAGGGCUGCCGUUCACAGUGUUUUGCUUUUUGACAGUACAAGGUGCUGUGUAACUGUUCUAAUACAGCACAUAGUAACUCUCCAAAUCCUGUUGCUUUUAUGUCAAAUAAGAUAACAAGAGUUGGAGCAUGCCAAGAAGGGGACAUGGAUGGUGACUUAAGCUUUAUACGUAAAGGAGUUUAGAAGAUCUUGGUGCUGCUAUCUCCUGCUGCGGAAUGAAUAGAUGGCUGUUUCGGUUAAGCUGUUAGUAAUAAAAGUGAACACUGCUACUAUCUGAGCCUACCUACGUAAUUCGUGUGGUUUCAAAUUAAACUCGCAUAAGUGUUCAUUUUUUUGGUAACUCAAAAAGCAUAGAAUUACUACAGCUCAGCAAAGACCAUUCGGAGUGAUAACAGUUCAUUUCUUUCAUGACUUUUUUUUUUUAAUUCAGAGUUAUUGGAGGAUAUUCAAUUACAGUGGCAUUCUUAAAGAUUUUUCUGGCUGGACGCAGCAGUUCACGCCUGUCAUCCCAGUACUUUGGGAGGCCGAGGUGGGAGGAUCGCUUGAGCCCAGGAGUUCAAGACCAGCCUGGGCAACACAGGGAGACCUCGUCUCUUAAAACUAUAUAUAUAAAUAAAUAAAUGAAAAGGUUUUCUUCCAUCUUAAGUGAAAGUGUGUAAAUGAUAAGAACUGGCUAUCUUUUGAUAGGCUGUUUCACAAGAUUCUCUGACACUGGAGGGCCACUGUCUUGUGCGGUAUUUUUGUCGCUGACACCCAAGCUGUGGGACAUGUUGCUGGAGACUGCUGCGCAGUUCCAGGUGUGACUGUCCCCCUGCUCCUGCCUGCCUCGCAGCCCCUACUUUAAAGGUUUGCAGCUCCUUAAAUAAUAAAGCUGGAAAGUAUUUUUUAGUCAGGUUAUCAAAUUUGAUUUACAAAAAUGCUAUCUUUGUUUGAAAUGCAAACGGAUUUGAAAAAGUAUAUAAGUACUUUGUAUUCUGGAAGCGUGAAUUGCUUUUGAAGUCUGUCAGUAUUAUUGGUAUUUUUCAAUAAAGAAUAAUUUUUCUCCAAUUUUA